AUGACUGUGCUGGCACCUUGGGCUUUAUGGGAAAAAACGAAGGACGUAAUGGUUCUGGAACAACAGUAUCAGUCCAUGUGCACAUGGAUUGCCGCGAUUCCAGAAAAUAUGAAACGUCACCGUCACCUGUGCGAUCCAGUUGUGCUACAGUUUGCGGUCGCGGUGCGCGAGUCAAAUCCAUGGGCUGUUAUGACGGCAUACCACAAGAUCAAUGGCGUACACUGUAGUGAGGAUCCGAGGCUGAUUCGAGAUAUCCCAAGGAGUGAAUGGAAGUAUGAUGGGCUAGUUCUCUGCGACUGGUGGGGGAUCUACAGCACCUCAGAAUUAAUCAAUGCCGGAAUGGACCUGGAAAUGCCGGGGCCUACAGACUGGAGGUGCAAGAUCCUGGCAUGGGCGACCCGAUCUCGCAAAGUUUCAAUAGAAACUAUCGAUUCUUCCGUGAGACGGGUUCUGAAGCUCGUCAACAGGGUCCUUGCAGCUCAAUCUGAGCCCGUCAAGGAUUCUGACACGGAGAAAAACCGUGCGCUUCUGCGUGAAACCACUGCCGUACCAGUUGUGCUUCUAAAAAAAAAUGAGGCCAAUGUUCUGCCUUUGGUGAAGGACAGCAAGACGCGAUAUGCUCUAAUCGGCGACCACUGGAAGAACCCGGCUGUUGCUGGUGACGACAGUUCUGAGGUGACUCCGUACUAUGUUUCUACCCCUUACAGUGCAUUUGUGGAGGCUGUGGGAGAAGACAGCUUCAUCUGUGCUAUGGGAUGUUACUCACACAAAUUCGCUCCUUUACUAUACAGCACCAUCACGCAGCCUGGCUCAGACGCCCAUGGCAUGCUGCUUGAGUUUUUCAAUAAAGAUCCCAAUGGCUCUUCGGACGCCGAACUGCUCUACACAACGACCACAGAGAAAACUGACCUAAAAUUUGCAGACAGUCUGCCUCCAGACACAGUUCCUGAGUAUACUUCCUCCGGAUCCGCACCAUCUCGGGGUUCACGUUGGGGCUGCGCCGGUUGGAUCCGGGAGGCCGUUGAAAUUGCUCGACAAGUUGACAUCCCAGUCAUUCUUACCGGCUUGAGUGCAGAUUACGAAUACGAAGGGAUUGACCGCAAGUCACUUGGGCUGCCAGGGCGCGUGGACGAGUUGAUCGAACGCGUGACAGAGGCUAACCCUAAGACUAUUAUCAUUACCGAGGCCGGAACAGCAACUACCAUGCCCUGGGCAGAUAAGACGCCCACUGUCAUCCAUUCCUGGUUUGGCCGCCAAGAGACAGGCCACGGGAUCGUUGAUAUUCUCUUCGGAGACGUCAAUCCUUCUGGGCGAUUGCCGCUGACAUUUCCGCGCAACCUGGAGGUUCCUCCGGUCUACGAGUCAGAUCCCAAGCAUAUUAUGACCAUUUCUGUCAGUCUGAAGAAUACUGGCCAAUGCCCAGGCGCAGAGAUAGUCCAGGUCUAUGUGAAAGACGUCAGCAGCUCUGUGCAGAGACCGAGGAAGGAGCUGAAAUCGUUCAAGAAGGUUCAUCUUGCACCUGGUGAGAACAUGAAAAUCGAAGUCACGUCUUGA